AUCUGAUUAUUAAAAAGGAAUUCACAUUACAAAACCUUUUUGGAAAUGCUGACCUGUACUCCACACUAAUCCAUCUCCCUCCUUCAUACUUUUAUAUACACACACACACGCUUUGUAAAUGUAUAUGUACGUACCAAGAACUCCCUUUUUUCUUCACCCUUGUUAAGUUUUUUGGUAACUAAUCAGAAAAGGAAAAAAAAAUAAAAUGGCUCUCUUCCUUCCUUUCAUCUUCUUGCUUUUCUCAUCUGCUACUGCUUGUGAUCGCUGUGUCCACCAAUCCAAGGCAGCGUUUUUCUCUAAAGCCUCCGCACUUUCAUCUGGGGCAUGUGGGUAUGGUUCUCUGGCAUUAGGGUUAGGGGGAGGACACCUAGCAGCUGGCGUUCCUUCUCUUUUCAAGGAUGGUGCUGGUUGUGGUGCGUGUUUUGAGAUAAGAUGCAAGAACAAAACUCUGUGCAGUAGCAAAGGCACCACAGUGACUUUGACUGACCUUAAUCGCAGCAACCAAACAGAUUUUGUGCUCAGUAGCAGAGCUUUCAUGGCCAUGGCUAACAAUGGCAUGGGCAAAGACAUUUUGAAACUUGGCAUUGUUGACGUGGAAUAUAAGAGGGUACCCUGCAACUACAAGAAACAGAACUUGGCAGUGAGAGUUGAAGACUCAAGCCAAAAACCACAUUACUUGGCCAUCAAAUUGCUCUAUCAAGGUGGGCAGACAGAAAUUGUUGCAAUGGAUAUCGCUCAGGUUGGAUCCUCAAAUUGGAGUUUCAUGAGCAGGAACUUUGGGGCAGUGUGGGACACAAGCAGAGUACCAAGUGGUGCAUUGCAAUUCAGGUUUGUGAUAACAGCUGGGUUUGAUGGGAAGUGGAUAUGGGCAGAGCAUGUGCUGCCUGCUGAUUGGAAAAAUGGAGAAAUUUAUGACACAGGAGUUCAAAUUACUGAUAUUGCCAAAGAGGGUUGCUCACCUUGCGAUGAUGGUACUUGGUAAAUUUGUAAUUCCCAAUUGCGGCCAUACAUAAGUUAAUAUGUAUACAAAUAUAGGGUUUUGAUUUUUAUUAGGUUUAAAAAUAUGUAUACGAAGCAAAUAAUGUUAUAGAGACAUUUAGAUGACGAUGAGGGUAUAGUUUCUUUUUCUUUUGUUGUUCAAGUGUAAUUUUGUAUUGUUUGUAGUCAUUUUUUUCCAAUUUGUAACCUACCGACGUUGUUCGUUUCUAACCAUAUUUGUUUGUCUACAAUUCAAUAAAGAAUAUCGGUAUGCCCUCUCUUUCA